AUUCGUGGAAUAAUGGCGUAACAGGCGUGCAAAUGUUACAAAUUGUAUUACAGAAAGACCACAAAGGUUCAAGAUGUCAGUCAAGAACAUUUAAAGAUGGAAAUAACGAAUGGUGCAAAGAGUUCCAAGAUCCAUUCUCUACUUUUGACCCAACAGUAAAAAAUUACGAAUUAUCCAGUUCAACCGAGAACCCCGUACAAUUAAGACCACAAAAGGUUUCGUUCAAAGCUCGUCCAGGUGAAUCGAGAAAGUUUAAAUUGUAUUAUAAGCCCGCAAAAAACUAUCCUUUGGAUGUGUAUUUUCUAAUGGACAAUUCGUACACAAUGCGUUUUCAUAUGACAACGUUAUUUAAUGAAGCAAAGAUGAUUUAUCAAUCGUUAACAAAGUUGACCAACAAUGUUCGUUUCGGUGUCGGGAGUUUUAUAGAAAAACAUGCCUUUCCUUUUGCCAAUCCGAGUCCUGAUACUCAUAAAGCUUACGCUUUUAGAAAUGAUCUUCCCAUGAGUAACAACAUAGAUAAAUUUGUAGAAACUAUAAAAACAAUUAACGAAACGUAUUCUUCUGGAAACUAUGACAGCCAAGAGGCUACAUUGGACGCUUUGAUGCAGGCUAUGGUUUGUAAGGAGAUAAAUUGGAGAAAAUCUUGGAAGCUGAUAGUAGUGUCUACAGACGCUCCUUACCAUAGCGCAGGCGAUGGUAAACUGGUUGGGGCAUACAAACCCAACGAUAUGAAAUGUCAUCUCACUAAUAACACAUACAAGACAGACCAAUCUUUGCUGUAUGAUUAUCCUUCUGUGAGUCAGAUUAAUAAGGUUGCGAAAGAAAAUGAAAUCGCAAUUUUAUUUGCUGUAUUGAAGAAAGUGAAAAACACGUACGAAAUUUUAGGCACAAAUAUUGAUAAUGCACGAAUUGUUGAAUUGAAAAACACUGCAGAGGAAAAAUCGGAGAUUGUCGAUACAAUUCAGACGCAAUAUAAGAACUUAACAGAAGAACUUAUGAUGACUAGUACGUCUGUUCCAUCUUUCAUAAACGUUGAACUUGAUCCUCCGUGUCGUGUCAAGAAAGAUAAUUGUAAAAUAAUGUACGAGAAACCUUUUGGAAUAAAUGUUACACUUACAAUGAAUAGCUGUCCAGAUGACAAUUUCGAGGGAACAAUGGAAAUUGGCCCAGCAUUGUUGAAGGCCAAAGUGGAAGUUGAUGUUGAAAUACUGUGUAAGUGCGAUUGUGAAAGACACGGGGAGGCCAACUCGAGUGAGUGCAGUGGAAAUGGCACAUAUCAAUGUGGUGUUUGCUACUGCAAUACAAACAGUUAUGGUGAGAAAUGUCAAUGUACAGGGAGUUCUUCAGAAGAGGAGGAUAUUGAGAAGUGUAAAGCAAACAAAGGUGACACCCAAGUUUGCAGUGGACGAGCCUUGUGCAAUUGCGGAGAGUGUCAAGAUUGUCCUUCUGACUACAUGGGCGCAUAUUGCGAAAUUGCUAAGUAUCAUUGUCCGGCGCCCCAUGAGAAAAUGUGUGGAGGCCACGGUACGUGCUUAGCAAACAGUACGUGCGAUUGUCAUCCAGGCUGGAUUGGAAGCGCUUGCACUUGCUCUACCAAUAAAGAUCCGUGUACUGGUCCUUACAACACGGUAUGCAAUGGACAUGGCUACUGUAAAUGCGGAGUCUGCGUCUGUACUGACAUGGAUUCAAAAGGCAACAACUAUACUGGACAAUUUUGCAACAUUUGCGAGGAGGGUUGCAACAGAUGCGAUGAACUAGCCGACUAUGCGGAAUGCAACUAUGAUCAUGACAAGACGUCUUGUGAUCAAAAAGCGGGACAACUUCUCAACCGUGAAAUUAUGAAAUUAAAUCAAACGGAAAUCAAAGCACAUGAACAUAGGAAAGCAAAACCGUGCUCUAAAGUACUGCAAGACGGUAGCACCUUAUUCUUCAAAUACAUAGAUAAACAAAAUAGCACAUUAAUUCUGAUACAAAAGGAGAAAGAACCUGCACCUGUAGCAAAUAUCUGGAUUCCCGUUGGUAGUGCUGUGGCUAUCAUACUGUUUAUCGGUAUCGUUACCCUGGUCGCGUGGAAGAUACUGGUCGAUCUGCAUGACAAACGCGAAUACCGAAAGUUUGCCGAAGAGGCCGCUUCAAAUGGGUUUGACGUGGCAGAAAACCCAAUCUACAGACCGCCCGCAGUUAACAUUAAUAAUCCCGCAUACUGUGGUCGAACUUAGAAUUAAACUUAUUCUAGGUCGGUUACAAAAGAGUCAUCAUUUAUUAAUAAAUCUAAGAGGAAAAGGUUGACGUAAAUUAAACUUUUGUAUUUAAAUGUAAGUAUUACAAUAAUAAAAACGAUUACAUUUAACGACUUUAUUUU